AUGUCUGUCUACAGGGAACUCAUGAUAAAAAAAUCAAGAAAAUCAAAAAUGUUGAGCAACAAAUUUUAUUCAUAUUGGGGUGACUUCACUUCUGGUCAGAUUACUGGCAAAGGUUAUAUUGAGUGGCCUGAUCUCAGUUGGUAUGAAGGAGAUGUAUGUCUUGGUUAUCGUCACGGUUUAGGAAUGUAUCGUGCAACGUUUGCUGAUGUGACAUACAGUGGAAAAUGGUAUAUGGGAUGUAAAGAAGGACCAGGAAUGCUCUAUUAUAGUGAAAAUGUGAAUAAUCAUUACAAUGGUGAAUGGGUACAAAACGAAAGGCAUGGACUGGGAAUGAGGUCCUAUCCAUCACAUGCAUGUUAUUAUGGUCAAUGGAUGAAUGGCUUGCAACAUGGUAUUGGUACUAUGGUGUGGUCUAACAAUGAUGUAAGUACUGUAACUGGUACUAAUUUUGAAAUGGUUAUUAAUUAA